AUAAAGUAAUGUAAAACUUUGAACGUUAUAUAUUACCGAUAACUUUAUGUCAAUACUUCGUCAAUUACGAGAGAUUUGAACUACAAAAUAAAUAUAACCUCAAAGUUAUAUCAUGUGUACAGAAAAGUUGAAAGAUUCGGGAAAACUAUGCAUUCCAGGCAUGCGCCUGAGUUUAUCGAACAAGGAGUUUGUGUCUGGACCAGGAACGUAUGAACUCAGAGGAUACAUUUAUGCUACCUUGUGUGGGACUCUUAAAAUGGAACAGGAUGAAAAUGAGCUCCCUAUGACGGAAAUCCACUGGUACCACCUGUCAACAGCUGAGAAUGAACUAGGAGUUGUAAUAGCGACUGCGGAAGGUUCUCCUCAGGGUAUCAGCAUGUUACCUAUAAGCUGGUCAGAAAUGCAGUGCCCUAAAACACUGGUCAAGGAGUCCAGGAAAGUGGCAAGAGUCAUACCUGAAAAUAUUAACCAAGCUUUGUUCCCGGUCAAGAAUAAUUCAACAACAGAGUUAGAAAUAGAACAAGAUAAAUAAAUAGUUAAAUAUAAUCAUAUUUUUUUAAA